AUGAAAGCAGUGUCAUUUUCAUCAGCAAAUCAUUGCAACCUUAAACUCGAAAAGAAUCUCACAAAACAACCAACAACUACAAACCCUAUUGACUUCAUCAAUUACCAAAACCAGAAGCUAUUAAACAAAAAACACCAAUUUCCUUCAUUUUCCAUUAAAGCCUCAAAAACCACCCAAACCCCUGUAACUCAAAAACCCGAAACACCACCACUAGUAGUUGUUGGCUCAGCCAAUGCAGAUAUCUAUUUGGAGAUUGAUAGAUUACCAAAAGUAGGAGAGACCAUCUCAGCCAAGUCUGGACAGAUUCUUGCUGGUGGCAAAGGAGCUAAUCAGGCUGCUUGUGGUGGAAAACUUUCCUAUCCAACAUACUUUAUGGGGCAAGUAGGUGAGGAUGCACAUGGGAAGUUGAUCACUGAAGCUUUAAAGAAUGGUGGGGUGAAUCUUAAUUAUGUGAGGAAUCUGAGUGAAGUGCCUACCGGACAUGCUGUGGUGAUGCUGCAGUCUGAUGGGCAGAAUUCUAUUAUUAUUGUUGGUGGGGCUAACAUGAGUUGUUGGCCUGAGAAGCUUAGUGAUGAGGAUUUGGAGGUCGUGAGGAAUGCUGGGAUUGUUUUGCUUCAAAGGGAAAUACCUGAUUCUGUUAAUAUUCAAGUUGCCAAGGAUUUAAGAGAAGACUCUGCUUACACAACCAUUAAGGCUGCAAAAAGCGCUAGUGUUCCUGUCAUUUUGGAUGCUGGGGGAAUGGAUGCACCAAUGACCCCAGAACUGUUGAAUGUUGUUGACUUCUUCAGCCCAAAUGAAAGUGAACUUGCACGUUUGACAGGCAUGUCAACUGAAAGCUUUGAACAGAUUGGUCGGGCUGUCAUUAAGUGUCAUAAAAUGGGAGUUAAGCAAGUGCUAGUGAAGCUUGGGGCUAAAGGGUCAGCUUUAUUCGUAGAAGGGGAAAAACCAAUUCAACAACCUAUUUUUUCUGCUGCUAAAGUCCUUGACACUACUGGUGCUGGAGAUACUUUUACUGCUUCUUUUGCUGUGGCACUUGUGGAGGGCAAGUCAAAAGAGGAAAGCAUGAGAUUUGCUGGUAUGGCUGGUGUUCUUUUUGUGCUUGUAGGGGUAUCUUGGUCGAAAGAUUCUGUAGCGAGGGCAGCUGGUGUUUUACAUGCUCUUAAUACCUGA